CCAUGACCAACUACGACAUUGAACGUAUCAAGAACUUGCUCGGUACACAUGAAGACUUCCCUAAGAAGGGCAUUGUAUUCAAGGAUAUGUUCCCUGUCUUCCAAGACCCCACAGCUGUUGAAGCUCUUAUUUCCAAUAUCGUUCAACACAUCAACUCUACUUAUAAGGAAAAGAUUGAUGCCGUUGUUGGUCUUGAUGCCCGUGGUUUCUUGUUUGGCCCCUUGAUUGCUCUUCGCUUGGGUGCUGCUUUUGUUCCCGUUCGUAAGCAAGGUAAAUUGCCUGGUGAAUGUGUUCAGGCUACUUAUGUUAAGGAAUAUGGAGAAGAUGUAUUUGAGUUGCAAAAGUCUUCUCUCAAGGAAGGUGCUUGUGUUAUUGUUGUUGAUGAUUUAAUUGCCACCGGCGGUUCUGCUGCUGCUGCUGGUGAGUUGAUUAAGAAGUGUAAUGCUAAGACUAUCGAGUACGUCUUUGUUAUGGAACUUGAUUUUUUGAAUGGUUCUAAGGUUUUGGAUGCACCCGUUUACUCGUUGAUUCAUUUGUAAUUUUUGUCAAAAAAGAAAUAAAACUCUGUUAGUUUAUAUGUA